UGCCAUCCAGCCACAAUAGCACCUGAGUUCCACCUAUAGUCGAACAGACUCUUCAGAUACCGCGAGGAUGCUCGGACUAGACAUAGCGUCUAAGCGGCGACGCACGCGAGACAACUAUCAUUAUUUUCUCGAGUAUCGACUUCGUUGGGACGACAAUGAUGUCUUUGGACACAUGAAUAAUCCAAAGUACGGUGUGCUUUGUGACAGCAUCGCCAAUCAAUAUUUGAUUGAUGAGUGCGGCUAUCAAAUGUCCAAGGGCUCACAAGCUGCCAUCAUCGUCAACACGUAUUUUGAUUAUUUCGGAUCUGUCGAAUAUCCUGGUAUGCUGGAAUUGGGUCUUCGUGUCGCUAAGUUGGGCAACACCAGCGUGGUGUACGAGGUUGGGGUCUUCCGGAAAGGUGAAGAGGAUGUCAAGGCCGUUGGUGGGUCUAUGCAUGUCUGGGUCGAGCAGGUUGCUGGGAAGUUAGGAAGGCCGUCUAAAAGUGGCAUGCCGGCGCAUGUGAGACAAGGUUAUGAAGCACUCACGGCGGAUCAGCGUACCGGCAGCAAGCAGUCCAAACUAUAAGGAGAGGCUGCAAAAACUACGAUCCGCUAUGCUCGCGGACAGGGGACCACACAGGGCGACAUGGCAAACAGAGUCAAACAUGAAUAUCGCAUUUACCUUGCCUUGGAAAAUAUCUAACAUCGCAUGUGGUAUAUUUCCAGGCACCGUAAUAUUCCUGGUCGUGUUAAACCAUGUCUCAAUACCUUGAACACCAGAUUCAUGACUCGAAUCAACCUAUCUCUUUCACCUGCCUGGCUGUCCGUCUCCGACUUUGAUGUGUUCCGAGUUGUCAUUGGUGGCCAACUUCUCCACGUCGGCGUUGUCAGCUUGGGUUAACAUGCCUUGAGCACCAAAUGCUGGUCCAGGCUGUGAGCCAUUG